AAUUUUGGGUGAAGGCGUACGAUGUUUGUUUGUGUUCAUGGUUUGUUUACAGUCGCUGGCACCUGGACGGGGAAUUACACGUCGAGUAGAGAUAAGGUGAUGCAAUGAUUAGGAAAAUGAGGAAGGAAACAGAGGAGAGGCCCAAUAGGAGAAGGACCCACGAAGCGACAAGGACCAAGAUAAGGAGGGCGAGUAGGAUAUUGUAGACCGUCACAGCCAUUCACCAACAGGAUAAGUAAAAAUCUUUGAAAUUGUACUGAAGAAUCAAGUCAUUUCCUGGAACUUGAAUGAUGGAGUUAAGCAGUGUUUGGGCACUAGGUGUGGGCCUUGGCGGAGUGGUGCUGCUGCUCUGCCUACACUGCACAGGGCGAGUGGUGGUGCAGACGCUGGUGCGAUGGAGGGUGGCAGCAGCAGUGUGGCGUACAUCACAAAAGGUGUGGGUGGUCAAUACUCAGCAGAUGUGGGAGCAGGUCUUUCCUCAUUUGUACAGGGAGGCAGUGAAGGAUGGCGCACUAGGAUUUGACUGUGAGUGGGUUCAAGUUAAGAGGCUGAGGAGGCCAGUAGCCUUACUACAGUUGGCCACUUCAUCUGGCCUGUGUGUUUUGAUACGACUCUGUCACCUCAAGCGUGUCACUCUGCCUGGGUUAAAGGAGCUUCUGAGGGAUGAGAAUGUACUUAAGGUUGGGGUGGGGACAUUGGAAGACAGUCACUAUUUGUAUCAGGAUUACAACUUCCAGGUUCGAGGAUGCAUAGACCUGCGACAUCUGGUGUUGCUGAAACAGGGAGUGGAUGGAGGCGAGGGCAGCCAUAACCUGGGCCUCAGUGCCCUUGCCCAAACCUUCUUGAACCAAACCCUGGACAAGGACUGGAGGGUCAGAGCCAGUGACUGGGAGGCUGACUUACUGACCAAAAGACAGGAAAAAUAUGCUGCCAAUGAUGCCUUAGUUGGAAUACAGGUAUUGAUGGUUUUGGUAGGAGAGCUGUGGGGAAAAAUGGAAAGACCUACAUCUCUCCUAUUGCCCUUCCUGCUGCCCACCUUAUGGCAUUUUUACUUUGCCAAGGCCAUUCGCCACACCUGCCAGGCUUACACUGAUAGGAAAUUCUCCACCAAGAGCCAGGACACAGUGAAUAGAACCAGUGGCUCUCAACCUAAGGCUGCACCUCGCAGACGAAAGGAAGACCUUCAAGUUACCACAAGGAAGGGACCCCUGUAUUACAACUGCCAGCUUCUUGCUCCUGAUAACAAGCCCUUAUGUACAAUUGAUCCCAAAAAGGCACGCUGGUAUGUUGAUAAAGGGCUGGGCCACCUUAUCAGUGAGGAACCUCUGAUAGUACGCCUUAACUUUGAACCAACCGGGCGUCCUCAGGCUGAGCGUGAGGAUGGAGAGUUUUAUCUGCAGGAGCGUCUCAAUGUGUGUGUUGUGUGCGGUGAGAAAGACUCGUACAUCAGGAAGAGUGUUGUUCCUCACGAAUACAGGAAGCACUUCCCUGCUCUUUUGAAGCAUCAUCAGAACCAUGAUGUUUUGCUUCUGUGUUUUCCCUGCCACCGUCAGAGCAACAUACUUGAUGCACAGCUGCGAGGAAAAAUGGGCAAGGAAUUCCAGGCUCCUGUGGGUAAUGAUCCUGAGGCCAAGGAUAUUAUUGACACAUCUUGUAAGUCGGUGAGGAAUGCAGCUCGAGCCCUGCUAAGGCAUCGUGGAAGCCUUCCUGAGGCCCGUGCUCUGGAGUACCAGCAAACCCUGCAACAGUUCUUUGGCUGUGAGGCAGUAACAGAGGAACAAAUGGAGGAGGCAGCCAACAUGGAAGUAAAAGUGUACAAGAACAAUCAGCAGGAGCAUGGGCAGGCAGUUGUUGAAGCUUACAAGAAGGUAGGCCUGAGUAAACUUGAGCAGCGGUGGAGGCAAUACUUUCUGGACACAAUGAAUCCACGCUUCCUGCCUGAGUGUUGGUCUGUCACUCACAACAUGUACAAGAUGAAGCUUAAGAUGGCCCGCCUGCCUCUAGACCACGAGGAUCGUCUUGUGUACAAAAUGGCCUUAGUGGGGACAGAAGGAAUUGUUGAUGUUCCCUACAACCCGAGGGAGGGUCGAAAUGAAUCACCAUCGGACAACACACUCCCCUUGACAGAGAGAGGAAAUAAGAUCUUGCUUUUUCCACAAGAAUCAAAUAAUUUCAAAAGCAAUGUUACGUGAAAAAAUAAUGCAGAAAAGCAAGGCGUUUAAUUUGACAAUUUUUAGCCAGCAUUAAACAAUCUAAGUUGAAGGUUAAGGACCCAAAUUCUAUCCAGCACUCAAUUUUAUCCCUGUCUUUUCAUAUAGGCUGCUUCCAUAACAUCUCAAGACAAUCUGUGUGUGUUAAACUAAACAAGGACAAUACAGGGCCAUAAAAAUGUCUAGUGAGUCAAGUUUGGCCCACCUCUGACCUUGGCAAAUGAUUGACAUCUAUUUAUGCCUUCUAUCAGUUAAUGUAUUUUUCUGUAAGUUCUCCAGAGCAAAGUACAAGAUGAUAUUUGGGCCUUUUACAUUAGUUGUUGGAUUAGAGAAUAUAGAAAAUUAAAAUGAUGGGGUACUUUUUUAUAGCACUAGCCUCAAAUAAGGUGCAAGAAAAGAUAGAGUUUUUGUACCGAGGACUUUGGUAAAAUGUACAUUCCAUUAUGAUUGUGGGAGUACACUUGAAAAUAUUGACAAGCUAGUGUUGGCUCCUUGUCAUACACGGGAGAAAUGGUGCUUAUAUAUAAUGCCUUAUAUCAAAUUCGAGCCAUUUGAUUUUUAUAAAGAAUAAAUUAUUUUUUUGUAA